AUGCCAGGCACACUCCAACCGCCCCAGCCGAAUGGCUUCCCCCCCGGUCGCCGCGGAGUCUACCUCCUCACGCACCCCCGCUCAGCAUCCAAUCUCUUCCAAACCAUGAUGUCCAAGCAGCCCGGCUACCAGAACUCUGGCUACAAGCUCUUCGACGGCGGCUUUGCGACGCUGAUGAAUCUCGAGAAAGGGCCGCUGAGUGAGUGGCCUGAGGAGGAAAGGACAGCGUUAUAUGAGACGUUCAAAAAGGCGUUUGGCAGCUUGGAGGACGAGUUGGACGAUUGCGCGAAGAAUAACAAACAAGCCUUCGUAAAAGAACACACAAUCUUCCUCUCCGGGCCAGACCGCCUCUUCUCAACCGUCUACCCGCACGACAACCCCCCAGCCCUAACCAUCCACCAACGCAAUGAAUCCCCCUCCUCCUCCUCCUCCUCUUUACAACACACAAACCCCACCUCCGUCCCCGACUCCCUCCUCCUGACCCUCCAACCCAUCUUCCAAAUCCGGCAUCCAAUCCUAAUGUUCCCGUCCAUGCUGCGCGCGCAGAAAGAUUCCUUCCCAGACAUGUUCACGAAGCCCCGGUCGUUGUACACAUGCACAACCUACACGCUGAAAUACACGCGCGCGCUGUAUGAAUGGUAUGCAGAGCGGGAGGCCACCUCAGGCAUCGUCCCCCGCAUCAUCGACGCCGACGACAUCAUGAACAACCCGCUUGCCGUCCGCCAGUUGUGCCUCCAAUGUGGCCUCGACCCCGAGGCCGUGCAGUACGAGUGGGAGGAGAAGAAAAUUGAGGAUAAUCCGCUCAUGGCCCGGUUUCUGAGUACGAUUAAUGCUAGCAAGGUAAGUCUUUGGUUGUUACGGAAUGCUUGUGAGAUGUAUGUUGACUUUCUGCAGGGGAUUAAGAAGGGGUAUGAGGCCAAAGGUUUAACGAUGGAGGUAGAGAGGAAGAAGUGGGUGGAAGAGUGGAAUGAGGAGUUUGCGGCGGAUUUGGAGGAUUUUGUGAGUAAGGCGAUGGAUGAUUAUGUGUUUCUUUGGGAGAGGAGGGUGAAGGGGGAGUAG